AUGGAAAAUCCAAAAACCUACCUUCAAGAGAUGGGAUUUACUGAAGAGUAAAUUACAAAUGCCAUUAAUUCAACUAAUUCGACUGAUAUUGAGGUGUUAUUAUUAAAUAUGUAUAGGUUUUGAUUACAUACAUUGAAAGUUAAACUUCAGAUAAUCCAUAACCAUAAUAAUAAUAAGCACCAGCUUAAUAAUUAGAUUCAAUAACAAAAUAUGUUAAUGAAGAACAUGUGGCUAUUUUGAUGUCUGAAGGACAUUCAAAAAAUGUAGCAGAAAAAUCAUUAUUGUUCUCAUAAAAUUUAGGUGUGGAAGCUGCAAAAAAAUGGAUUGAAGAGCAUAAAAAUGAUUAGGAUUUUGAAGAGGAAUUACAAAUAGUUGGAACUGGCAAAAAGAUAUCACCUGAAGAGGCUGCAUUUAAAGCUAGAGAACUUUAAUAGAAGCUUCGAGAAAAAAGGAGAAUUGCUGAAGAAUAGGCUGCUUUAGAAUAAGAAAAAAAUAGAAUUGUUUCUGGGAAAGCUAUGAAUGAUGUUAGAAGAGAAUUAGAAGAAUAGAAAAAGAAAUAAGAGGCAUUAAGAGCAAAAAGAGAAAGAGAGCAAUUUUUAAAAGAUAAAUAAGAAAUGGAAGAAUAAUUAAGAAGAGAAAAAGAAGCUAGAUUUGGAAAAUCUUAUACUUAAUCUAAUCAAUAAUAAUAGUAAUAAAAAAAUUACUCUCCUAUUGAAUUAUUUGAGUUAGGCAUUAAAUAAAUUAAAGUAGCUUAUCCACCUGAUCUUAUUCCUGAUACUGCUUAUAAUUCAUUAUCACUUAUUUAAAAAGUUUUAGGUAAGAAUAAAUUAAACAUUAAUUUUAGAGAACAUUUUUAAAAAUCCUUAAGAAGAGAAGUUUCGAAAAAUCUCAUUAACUUCUUAAGCUUAUUUGACUAAAAUUGAAUAAGUUUUAGGUGCUAGAAAUGCUCUUGAUGGAUUAGGAUUUUAAGAAAAUAAUGGAUUCUAUGUUUAUCAAAAUGCAGAUGUUUCAAAUUUGCAAAAAGCCAUAUCUAUAGUGUAGAAUGAAUUAAAAUGAA